AUGAGCAGACCUCCGACCUCGACAUCAGCGUCCAGUGCGCGCCGGAACUCGGCCCUCGGCCAUGGAGGCGGCGCGGCAGACGAUGACCUCGCGCGCAUGGGCUACAAGGCCGAGCUGCCCCGCUCGCUGUCGAUGCUGUCGGUGCUGGGCCUCAGCUUCGCCAUCAUGGCCGUGCCGUACGGCCUGUCCACCACAUUCCUCUACUCGCUCGCCAACGGCCAGUCCGUCACCGUCUUGUGGGGCUGGGUCAUGUUGUCGCUCAUCAGCACCUGCAUCGCCGCCUCGCUGGCAGAGAUCUGCAGUGUCUUCCCGACUGCCGGAGGCGUGUACUAUUGGGCCGCCCUACUAUCAACUCCCGAAUGGGCGCCUAUAGCGUCUUGGAUCACUGGCUGGCUCACCCUCGUCGGGAACUGGACCGUCACGCUGUCCAUCAACUUCGGCGGUGCGCAGCUCAUCCUCAGCUGCAUCACCCUCUGGCGCGAGGACUUUGUCGCCACCCCCUGGCAGACGGUCCUCAUGUUCUGGGCCGUCAUGCUGGUCACAUACCUGGUCAACAUCUUCGGCAGCCGCUACCUCGACCAGAUCAACACAGCGUGCAUAUGGUGGACCGGCGCAUCGGUCAUCAUCAUCCUCGUCGUGCUGCUGGCCAUGGCUCGCGGCGGCCGCCGCAGUGGCGAGUUCGUCUUUGCACACUUCGACGCCUCCGGCUCUGGCUGGGCCCCCGGCUGGUCCUUCUUCGUCGGCCUGCUGCAGCCCGCCUACGUGCUGACCGGCUACGGCAUGGUUGCGGCCAUGUGCGAGGAGGUGCAGAGCCCUGAACGUGAGGUCCCCAAGGCCAUCGUGCUCUCCGUCGUCGCCGCCGGCGUCACGGGCCUGCUGUACCUCAUCCCCGUGCUGUUUGUGCUGCCCGACGUCCAGGAGCUGCUCAGCGUCGCCAACGGCCAGCCCGUCGGCCUCAUCUUCAAGACCGCGACCGGCAGCGCGGGUGGCGGGUUCGGCCUGCUGUUCCUCAUCCUUGGCAUCUGGCUGUUCGCCGGCAUCGGGGCCCUGACCGCUUCGAGCAGGUGCACGUACGCCUUCGCGCGGGACGGCGCCAUCCCCGGUUCCGGCCUGUGGAGCCGCAUUGACAAGCGCUUCGACAUCCCGCUGUGGGGCCUGACGCUCUCCUUCCUCGUCGACUGCCUGCUCGGCCUGAUCUACUUCGGCUCUGCGGCCGCCUUCAACAGCUUUACCGGCGUCGCCACCAUCUGCCUCUGCGCCUCCUAUGCGCUGCCCAUCCUCGUCUCGGUCGUCAGGGGCCGCAGGGCCGUCGCGUACGCGUCCUACUCGCUCGGCAAGCUCGGCUUCGCCAUCAACAUCGUCACGCUGUGCUGGGUCGCGCUGUCCAUCGUCAUCUUCUGCAUGCCCUCCGUGCUCACGGACCUGACCGCCUCCUCGAUGAACUACGCCAGCGUUGUGUUUGCCGGGUUUGCGAGCAUCAGCAUGGUUUGGUAUUUCGUCUGGGGUAGGAAGCACUUUGCUGGCCCGCCUAUUCUGAAGUCUGAGCUGGCUGGCAAUGGCGUGGGUGUUGUUGUACACGGGCGGGAUGUGGAGACGGCGACCAAGGGGGAGCAUAGCAAACUGGACGAGGCCGAGAAGUCAACGUAG